AAUCUGAUAUCAACAUUGCCUCUGUACCUACUGCCAGAACUACCCACUACUUGACCUCUACACUGUACCAUGGCUGAGAUGACCUCUACUGAUGUUGUGUACUACGCCCAGAAGCUCCAGAGUCUGUUACUGGCCCACGACAACGCUGCCAAACAGGUCAACUUCUUAGAUGACCAGUUGACUCGCCUUGACCGACAACUUUUCCUAUCCACACUUGACGAUGCCCACAGCCCUGUCCUCCACCUACUGACCCGCAAGUCCAUCAUCCAGGGUGUCCGCAGGAUGUUUGACCAGUACCGAUCCACCAAGAAUCGUCAGGUCCAGGAGUUAUCUGCCCUUGUCCUCACUUCCCUGGGAGGAGACCCAGACUUGGAGAUGCCAGCCACAUCGGGAAGGACCGUGGAGACUGACGAGCUAGCCAGGAUGUCUACCACCAACUACAGCAUUCUCUGGAGGGGUGUGUGAUAGACUGAUAAUGUGAUUGGUUAAUAUCGAUAAUUCCUGUGUCCAUAGACGUUAGUGCUAUUAAGUGUUUAAUAAUUGGUUUCUAUACACUGUCAUAUUGUAAGUUAGCGUAUUGUUACAUUGCAUUGUUGUGUUUGU